UGGCUUCUCUUAGCUUCGCUGUUGCUUGGAGGCCUCGCGGCUACGCAGUGUGCAGCGCGUUUUGGGGAGUGUCCUUCCGCGGAGAAGGAGGCUGCGUUUGAGGGGAAGGAAGGAAAGGCGGAGAGCAGCCGGAACCGGAGCCCCGCGCGGAGGGAUGUUCAAGAACACCUUCCAGAGCGGCUUCCUCUCCGUCCUCUACAGCAUCGGGAGCAAGCCUCUGCAGAUCUGGGACAAGAAGGUGCGGAAUGGACACAUUAAGCGGAUCACAGAUAAUGACAUCCAGUCGCUGGUGCUGGAGAUCGAAGGAACCAAUGUCAGCACCACAUACAUUACGUGUCCAGCUGACCCGAAGAAGACAUUGGGGAUCAAACUGCCCUUCCUGGUGAUGAUAAUCAAGAAUCUGAAGAAAUACUUUACCUUUGAAGUUCAGGUGCUGGAUGAUAAAAAUGUCCGGCGACGGUUCCGCGCCAGCAACUACCAGAGCACCACUCGCGUCAAGCCAUUCAUCUGCACCAUGCCCAUGCGCCUGGAUGACGGCUGGAACCAGAUUCAGUUCAACCUGUCCGACUUCACACGACGAGCCUACGGGACCAACUACAUUGAGACCCUGCGGGUCCAGAUCCAUGCAAACUGUCGCAUCCGCAGAAUUUACUUCUCUGACAGACUCUAUUCUGAGGACGAGCUGCCUGCUGAGUUCAAGCUGUACAUCCCAGUCCAGAACAAGGGCAAGCAAUAACGACGCCACAUCAGGAAGCCCUCCGAGAGAAGCACUGUGAAGCUGGAUGGAAGAGCGGGUUGUUUUAUUUUUAAUUUAGAAGCUAAUUUCCCUAGGGUAACUUUAUUUAAUAAAAAUUGGUAUCUGUACUGUU